AUUGUGAUUGUGUGAUCAAAGUGGAGUGGUUUGUGUUUAGAGGUGGUGCAUGAGGUGGUGUUCUGGUGUUAUAAAGGGGUGGUACAUGGUUAAUGAGGAUUGAGGGUACGUUGUACGGUGGUUUGGUGGUCAUUCAUAAGAAUUGAGGAGUUCUUUUUAUUCAUCAAUAGUUCAUCUGACCAAAUCUCAAGAAGGACUCUGAAUUGAAGAGUAUUUGGAAGUUCAUAAGUACUGAUUGAGAUGUUGAAAAUUUUGAAAUUUGCAUAGUCCAUUUGAACACUGAACAUGAUGAAGCCGUUUUUCUGCCAGUUUGGAAUUAUUAUUAUUGUGAGGUGACAGCAUUGGUUAAGCCAUCUUUCAUUAUCCAACCUUCAAGUGUCUAGUCCAGCAAUAAUUUGAAUUUUCUGGAAUUACUUUGUGUAAUAGUAUUUGAAGAAUAUUCAGUACAUACUAAAUAUGCAGCGUUGGUUUUUUUUGGAAGACCCCUGUAAUGCUAGCAUUCGCAUGGGAAAAGGUGAAGGAACAAAUUCUUCUACAUCAGUUCAUUCAGUUCAGUAUACCCCAAAAAGUUGGCUAUUUAGAGUUCGCUUACCUGACUUGCAAAAUGAAGAGAAAGUAUGCAUUAUUGGAGAUUUGCCAGAGCUAGGAUCCUGGCAGCCUGAAAGAUGCAUACCCCUAGAGAGAGAAGAUGAUGGAAUGGUAUGGUCUGGAGUAAUUGAAAUACCAGAGAAAAAAAAGAUUCACUUCAGAUACUGUGUCUGCAUUAUCAUUGAAUCUGGCAUUCAAGUUAUUGUACGUAGUUGGGAAACAAACAUAACACCUAGAGUAAUUGAUUCUUGUUCUGAUAAAACUCCUACAAUCAAUGAUGAACCUCAUGAGUAUGGGAACUACAAUAACCAAGAACACAUAGAUAGGGGUUGGUUGAAUAAAGAGACUAUCAUCCAACUAAAACUUUGCAAUAACCCAUUAGUAUUAUUCAGACCACAGUAUCAAAACAGACUCAUAAAUAUCAAAGUAACACCAGUAAAUCUAACACGUCAUGGUUCAAAUGUUCCAAAAUCCUUGUCAGAAGCUUUAGAAGAAUCAUUAAGUGCAGAUACUCAGGACUCUGUAGAGGGAUGUAAACAUGCUUUCACAGAAGUAGCAAGUUUACAUGCUGAAGAUCCGACUUUCAAAGCUCAAAACCAAUUUGGGCAUGAGCUGCACAUAGAUGAUGUUCUGAUAUUCCAGUCUACUGUUUUAUUUCCUACUAACAUAGCAUUCCUGAUAGAUCUCUAUGUUUACAGCUCCAGGUGUGGUGAUGGUGAGCCCCCUUACCAUGCUGGCUUCAGUUAUUUGUUACCUACAGUUCUUCAGUCCUCUGAAGGCAAUGUUGUUUUGCCUGUAACUAGUACAAAACAUAGACCAUUAGGUCAGAUUAAAAUUGAUUAUCUCAUGAUAGGUCCUAUGCCUAAUUUCAAAUGUGAUAUGAGUGUUUCCUAUAUAAGACACUGGAAUAAGACCCGUUCAGGUUUGGAUGUUGGUCAUAGAGGGUCAGGGUCUAGUUUCAAAAACAAAGUACAGAAUUGUGCUGAGGUUCGAGAAAACACUAUUGCCAGUUUGAGGAAUGCCAUAGAGCAUGGAGCUGAUUUUGUUGAGUUUGAUGUCCAGCUGAGCAAAGAUCUAUUGCCUAUUAUUUACCAUGAUUUUCAUGUCUGCAUUUCCAUGAAAAAGAAGAAGGAGUUGGUUGAUAAUGAUAUGCUGGAAAUACCUCUGAAAGAACUAACAUUAGAUCAGCUGAGACUUUUGAAAGUGUACCAUUUGAGCGAGGGCAAAUCCAAGAACCAGAGGUUCUUCGAUGAGGAACUGGACGACCACCAGCCCUUCCCCACUCUGCAGCAAUGCCUGGAGCAGCUCGACCCCCACACCGGCUUCAACAUCGAAAUCAAGUGGACCAUGCAACUGCAAGACGACACCUACGAGCUGUACCAUCCUACUGAUCUCAACCUCUACCUGGACGUCAUCUUGGACGUGGUCCUGCGGUACGGCGGCGAGAGGAGGAUCAUCUUUUCGUGUUUCAACGCGGACAUUUGUCAGGUGAUCAGGCUGAAGCAGAAUAAGUACCCUGUUAUGUUCCUGACUCUCGGAGAGAGCAAACUUUAUCAACGCUACAAGGAUCCCAGGUGCUGGUCUAUCAAAGCUGCUACUCAGUAUGCGAAGAUGAUCGAAAUAUUGGGAGUGAAUGUCCAUACCGAGGAUUUAUUGAGGGAUCCUACGCUGGUGAAGUUGGCCACUGAGGCCGGGCUGGUGAUCUUCUGCUGGGGCGACGAGAACGCCGAUCCGGCCACCAUCAAGUUCCUCAAGGAGCUCGGCCUGCACGGCGUCAUCUACGACAAGAUCCACGAGUACUCCAGCAAGGAGGUGAAGGAGAGCAUCUUCCUCGUGGAGGCGAAGGGGUCGCAGAAGGAGCUGAUGCUGCUGGCGGCGGCCACUUCCGAGGUGCCUCAAAGUCCGCCGCCCCAGCCCGUCAUCAAGGAGGCCGUGUUCGAUGUGGAGAACGCCAAAAGUCAACUCGCCGACGUCAUGUCUACGGCGACCUCGCUGGAGAGUUUGGAGAGUCGCUUUUCGAAUUGCAACAAGAGUGAGAGCUAGUCGGCUUUGUAUUUUACUGUGUUACGAUGUGCGAGUCGCAAAAUAUAAUGUGUCACCAACACAGAUUUAUUGGUGAUUGGUGAGAAGUUUUCAAUGAAACUAUGCGGAAUGGUUAAAAAAUCUAGGUGUGGGGCCAUAUUCUCGACAAGUGAACUCUUUCAUGCGUUUCGAUGUUCUUGACCCGUGGAAGUUGGCACUUAUACGUUUUGCAUCAUUCAUUUUUUGAUUUUCUGGCAGAUAUGUCAUUCUUCUCUACUCACAAAUGCUCAACUCCUAACAACCAAUACUUGAUUUGCUUUAAAUGGGUACUUUGAAGGGUGAAAGUUACGUGAAACCGUGUAUUGGCUGAUGAACUGAAUGGUUUAUCAAAGGAAUUUGUGGAGAUUACUUCCAGCAUUCCUUCAGUCCUUUGAAAAAUUUCACUCCACUUUGAGCAAUAUGGACUUCUACCAAAGAUUGAAGGGUUUAUGCUAUGAAAGACGCAGUGCAAAAAGGGUAAAGGUACAGCAUACUGUAGAACCUAAUUUUCUUCUCCAAAUGAGAUUUGAGUGCAUUCUUCAUGGAUAUUGAUAAUCACAUAUGAUUUAUCAGAAUUGUGAUCAAUACAACAUUUACAAGUACAUUAUGCUCCUUAAAUGAUUUUCUAUUCGCGGUUUUCAAGGUCAUUAUCUGACGUGGCGAUGACGUUGAAACUGGGGAAAAUUAUUCCUAACUCUUGGCAUAGAUUGAAAAUUAGACAUGUUUUCACCCAGUUUAAACGUCAUCGCAACGUCAGGUGAUGACAUAUCAGUAUUAUUUGAUAUUUACUUAUUGAUGAUAUUGAACAACAAUUUUCAGAAUGUCGCUUUUAUUUCACAUCCCACCGUGAUUGAAAAAAAAAGCUGGAUGUGUUGCGACAGCUAGAAAAUCUAUCUAACCUUUUGUUUGCUACUAUACCUUACCCCUAUACAGGAUGGGUAACAGUCGAUGGUACUAUAUAGACCUUUACGGAGAUGGGGGGCAUAGGAUCAUUCUGAAAAUUUGGAUACUGAGGUAGUGGCUUUUGCUCUAUCGAUCUAAAAUAUUUUCAGCAAAGCAUCGUUGCCGCUUAUAGAAAGUAGUAGCA